UGCGGGGGUGACAACGGUGGUCCACUUAAAAAAAAAAAAAGAAACCCUGGUGGGAUGUUCACACAGGGGAGGAGGAUCUGGGGAGAAAAGGAGAGUAGAGGGGCUUUCAGAUUUUCUGUUUAUUCCCUAAAAUGUUCCCACCCUGAGCUGUAACGGCGGAGGCGUUUGGUCAUUUCUAGCGUCGUUUGUGCUGAUUUAAGGACUCAUUUUGAUCAGAAAAGUGUGCAGAUUGUAUUUGAGGCGGCUGUGGAAGUAAACACUGAAUGAAGAUGAGCGAAGUGGAGGAGAGCAUCAUGUCGUACCUGUCACAGAGGGAGGCCGACGCCAGCGCCGCAGACUUGAAUGUGGUGGCCAUGCUGCAUAACUUCUGGGAGCAGAGGCAGACAUGUCGGUCAAAUGGUUCCUCCAGUGAAUCAGACGCCUCUGCUGGAGACGUGGCCAUCCACCCGGAGAGCUCGCUGCUGUACGAGUCUGCAGCGUCCCCUGGUCCUCCGCAUGUCUGCUACGUCACGCUGCCAGGAGGAAGCUGCUUUGGUAACUACAAGGUGUGCGAGACUCAGGCAGCAGCUCGGCGGGAUGCGGCUCGCGUGGCUCUGAUGAACUCGCUUGUCAACGAGCUGCCGUGUCGACGCAUCGACUCUCAGUUCAUCGCUCAGAGUUUGCAGCAGGCGGCCUCGGACAGCGCCGUGAAUGUCGCCGUAGAAGAUGCUUGUGAUUCAAGCACCAGCAUUGGAACAUACGUGUUGCUGCUCCACUCCUACGAAGGAAGGACGAUGCUGGAGUUUCAGGAGAUGAUGACAAUUUUCCAGUUGCUGCAGUGGAACGGGACACUGAAGGCUCUGAGGGAAAGGCGAUGCUCUCGACAGAGUGUAAUUUCCUAUUACUCUCGGAGAGGACUUGAUGAGUACAUACGCAGCAGCAUGGCUCUGGAUUGGCUGGGACGGGAGCAAAGGUCACCAGGGCGGCUUGGGGAGGAGCUGCAGGUGGCGCAGAGGGAGCUGGUAUUGGCUCGCCGCCGAGGCAUUGAGCUGCGCUUCUACAAGGAAAAGACCGAGAUCCUCAGUUUGGCUCUGAGUCAAGCGUACAUUCACCACACACCCGAGGCCUUCUACGAGGCACCGGAUCCCACACACAAGCAGGAGCAACUUCCUUUACAAACAUUAUACAGCCAGGGUACAGAGGUCAAGAUAUACCCCACCCUGCAGUCCUUCAACAACCCUCCAUAAAAGCACAAAGCAAACGGUCCGUCAAACCUCUCUCAAACACUUCGCCUGCGAUCAGUCCUCCUCCGUGCUCACAAUAGACGUGUGUGCCUUGUCUUUGAAUAGAUCAAAGCAGAUGGUAGAGGAUGGAAAAUAAAACUGGUUUGCAUGAGAACAUAUCAACAUAUCAAGCAGUGCAACACUAACACUAACACAGUGUAACACUAUUUUGUGAUAUAGAAUUUAAACACAUGUGUAAUGUAUUUUGAACUUCAACCACUUGGAAGGCAGCGUACCAAUUAUUUCAAUUCAUUGCUAGAAGAUGUACAAGAAAUGUACAAAGAGCACUCUACAGCUUUGAUGUAUGUUCAAUUAUGUUGUCCUUUAAGAGUAUAUAAUAAUAGACAAUGUCCACCGUAACUUUAUAUGCAGGAAUUUUUACCUGUAUAUCAAGCUCAUGAACUGCCAGCAUUUAUCAGCAAUUUAGUACUUCUAACGGUGGCAUUCUUCGUUUCUCCUGCUCUGCGGAAUCCGGUCUAAAGGGAAAUUUCUGGCCGGGAUCAUUCAGGAUACUGAAAUGUUGCAUUACGUGUUGGCUGGAGGCUAUUAUUGAGUGACAUAGAGUUAUUGUUGUGACACACAUUUAUUUGCUAAUGUCAGAGAGCUAAAGAGCAGCUGGAUUGGAAAUACAAUCUGGUUUGUAUGAAAGAGAUUUAGAAGGCUGGUCACGCCAACCGCAGCUGUAAUUAUAACAGGCACCUGAUAUGUUCCUUUCGAUAUGAUGCACGCAGGCUUAGAACAUUUGAUUAUCUUUGGCUUGGUUUAGAGAUGAUUUAAAGGGAUUUUUCCAGGUUUCUUUUAUAAAUAAAUAUCUUUAUGACUUUGA